AUGUUGAUAACUUCUUCAGUGCCUUCUCCAUUCUCUCGUAAAAAUUCAAAUGAAAUUGUUAAUUCAAACAAUGAAUCUUUUGGUAUUCGACAAAGUUUACGAUCCCCAACAAUGCGCCGUCUUCAAGAAUCACUCCAGAGUUUAUCAACUAUUGAUGAUGACAAUGAAGUGACAUUGGAAGACAAUAAAUUAAAUAAUAAUAAUGUUAAAAGUCGAAGUACUACACCAAAACCGUUUAAUUGUAAAAAUUCUCAAUAUCGUUCAUUUAAUAUGAGAAGAGACAACAAUACAACACGUUCUCGACAAAUACUCGAACAUUUGGCUACUGUCCGUGCUCAAUUAAAAAAUAGCCAGGCGCAACUUGAGAAAACAAUAUCAAAACAAAAUUUGGCUGAAAAUUAA